AUGACGAAACGCGUGGAGAAAGGCGUAGAAGAAGGCGCCGACCUUCCCGAUGAAAUCCACGAUGAUUUUGAGCAUAUCAACGAUCUUUGGCAGGAAGUGUACAGCUCGAAUGUGGCCAAAGCUACGGAACAACUCCCCGCUGAGGUUUAUCGAAGCGGCGGUCUUCUAAACCAAGUUACUCGGGUACAGCGCGAGAACUUGGCAAACUUGGAGAAGGAUACGUUGGGCUAUAUACGGGGGAGACUCGACAACACACCACCCACGCACACGAGCAAACUUCUUUACCAACUCGGCAACUACGGCACAGACGCCCAGCGGCUAUCCGAGGAGAGAGUAUCGAUAGCGACCAGCCUGCGUGAUAUCAUUGCACGCAAUAUCAAGCUCAUCGAGACUGGCAUCGAGAACCAGCAGACAGAGCUCCAGAUUGGCGUCAGGCCGGGCACACAGCCAUCGCACAACGAGCAGCUGAAAAAGGAACGCGAUUCCAGACUCCGUUCUCGCGCCGUCAGAGAGGAGCAAGAGAGAGCGGAGAAGGAGAAGAAGGAAGACGAUGAGCGUUACUGCUUCUGCCAUCAAGUCAGUUUUGGCGAUAUGGUGGGAUGCGAUAAUGAACAAUGCCCCUACCAGUGGUUCCAUCUUGCGUGCAUAGGUCUCGAAGACGCACCCAAUGGAGAUUUCGUAUGCUCGUUCUGCCAGCAGCAGCGGGAGGUGGGCGAGAGUAAGGAUGACGACAGAGAGAACGGCGAGAAUGAAGAUAGCCAGAAGAAUGAUGUGAAUGACUCUUCAAAUACCCCUGCCACGCCUAAUCUGACAUCUCUCGCUAGCAAAUUGAAUAUCACAGACAUCGACGUCGCUGAGAAGCGUGUCCUCAUCCGCUGCGAUUUCAACGUUCCUCUCGACAAGAAGACUGGCCAAAUUUCAAACCCAGCGAGAAUCGUUGGUGCCCUCCCAACCAUCAAAUACGCCCAAGAACACGGCGCCAAGGCUGUCGUCCUCAUGUCACACAUGGGUAGACCAGAUGGCCAGCCAAACGACAAGUACUCGCUCAAGAUUGUUGCUGACGAAUUGGAGAAGCAGCUCAACCAGAAGAUUAUCUUCACUAAAGAUUGCGUUGGUGAGGAGGUUGAGAAGACUGUCAACUCAGCUCCAAAGGGCUCCAUCGUUCUCCUCGAAAACCUUCGUUUCCACAUCGAAGAAGAAGGCUCGAGAAAGGACGCUGACGGUAACAAGAUCAAGGCUGACCAAGCUGCCGUUGACGCCUUCCGCCAACAACUCACUAAGCUCGGCGAUGUUUACGUCAACGACGCUUUCGGUACCGCUCACAGAGCACACUCUUCUGUCUCUGGUAUCAAGCUUGACACUAGAGCUGCCGGUUUCCUCGUAAAGAAGGAACUUGAGUACUUUGCAAAGGUUAUCGAGGCUCCUGAGAGACCUUUCCUUGCCAUCCUCGGUGGUGCCAAGGUUUCUGAUAAGAUCCAACUCAUCGAAAACAUGCUCACCAAGGUCGACUCUCUCAUCAUCUGCGGUGGUAUGGCCUACACUUUCAAGAAGGCUGAGGGUAUGGCUAUUGGUGACUCACUCUUUGACAAGGCAGGUUUUGAGAAGGUCGGCGAUAUCAUGGCGAAGGCUGCCAAGAACAAUGUCAAGAUAUUGAUUCCAUCCGACUACGUCAUUACCCAGGAGUUCUCAAAUGACGGUGCUAACAAGGUCGUCAAGGAGUCUGAAGGUAUCCCAGACAAAUGGGAAGGUCUUGAUAUUGGUCCAGACUCAGCAGCUGCAUUCGGUGAAGAGAUCAAAAAAUCCAAGACUAUCCUCUGGAAUGGACCAGCAGGUGUUUUCGAGUUCCCUAAUUACGCCAAGGGUUCAAAUGCUCUCCUCGAAGCAUCAAUCGAAGCUCAAAAGAACGGUUCGAACGUCAUUAUCGGUGGUGGUGACACUGCUACUGUUGUCGCUAAGGCUGGAAAGGAAGAUGCUCUGGCUCACGUAUCAACUGGUGGUGGCUCAUCUCUUGAAUUGCUCCAAGGUGAUGUCCUCCCAGGUGUUGACUACCUCAGUGAAAGGAAGUAA